AUGGCAGCUAUACCGAUCAUUGUCAAACACGCCGGCAAGCGCCACGAAGUCGAGCUCGAUCCUACAUCGAACGGCGAAACACUCAAAUACCAACUCUUUUCCUUGACCGGUGUAGAACCCGAUCGCCAAAAAGUAUUGGUGAAAGGUGGUCAGCUUAAAGAUGAUACACCUCUUUCCUCGCUUAAUGCCAAACCCGGGCAGAUGUUUAUGAUGAUGGGCACACCGUCGGGAGGACCAGGCUCCGCUGAUCUAGGUCGGCCAAAGGAGGCCGUCAAAUUCUUAGAAGACAUGACCGAGGCUGAGGUGGCCCAACAGGCGGGUGCUACUCCUGCGGGCUUGCAGAACCUGGGGAACACAUGCUAUCUCAACUCCACCCUACAGACUCUGCGCAGUCUCCCGGAGCUUCAACAAGAGCUCCUGCAGUACCGGCCGAGCGGUGGGGCUGGGCAGUCCAGUCUAUCAGACCUCAGUAGCUUUGGUAUUGGUGGGCUCGGAGGCUCCCGGGAUUUGGCUGCUUCUCUACGAGACUUGUUCAAGCAAAUGUCUGAGACUCAGGAGGGUAUCCCACCGCUGAUGUUUCUCAACGCCCUCCGAGCGGUGUUCCCUCAAUUCGCCCAACGCGACCGGAAUGGGCAAGGAUACGCUCAACAGGAUGCCGAAGAGGCUUUCUCUCAGAUCAUCAACCAGCUACGGACCAAGUUGACUAUCACCGAGGGAGAGGGAGAUUCUGCUACGACUACUUCAUUUGUGGACAAAUAUCUUGCUGGUCAAUUUGAGUCUGUCACCGAGUGCCAGGACCCUGCCGCCAAGGAGCUCGGCGAGGAACCCACCCAAAGUUCCGAUGUUUUCUACAAGCUUGAUUGCCACAUUGGAAAAGAAACCAAUCACCUGCACGAUGGAAUUAUGGCUGGCCUGGAAGAGGAAAUCGAGAAGAAUUCCCCUCUUUUAGACCGCAAUUCCGUGUACAAAAAGCGGUCACGCAUUGCACGACUGCCAAAGUACCUCACGGUGCAUUUUGUCCGUUUCUUUUGGAAGCGCGAGACCAAAAAGAAGGCCAAGAUCAUGCGCAAAGUCACAUUCCCUGCCGAGUUGGAUGUGGUGGAAUUCUGCACCGAUGAUCUCCGGAAGGAGCUUGUCCCUAUUCGCGACAAGGUUCGCGAGAUCCGCAAGGAGGAAUUGGACGUCGAACGUGCCCAAAAGCGCCAACGAGUUGCCGAAGAACGAGCAGAGCGCCAGAGUAAAGAGACCAAUCUAGGCGAAAGCGUGGAGCCAAUGCCGAAGAAGAAGAUUGCCGAGGAGACCAAAUCUAAAGAUAAGGAGGGCGAUACCCAGAUGGAGGAAACUUUCAAGACCGAUGCCGAGUAUGAAGCAGAGAGAUUGGAAUCGAUCCGUGUUGCUAAGAAGGAACUCCAAGAACUCAUCAACCAAAGAGGCGCUGGAGACAGUGGUACCAACCAGUCUGGUUUAUAUGAGCUUCGCGCGGUGAUUACCCACCAGGGUGCUAGUGCCGACAGCGGUCACUACACGGCAUAUGUGAAGAAGCAGGAGAAAGACGAUGCUCAAGCCGGUAGCAAGCGCCGUGGGGCGGACGAUAAGUGGUGGUGGUUCAACGAUGACAUGGUCACCGAGGUGGAGGCACAGAAGAUCGAAACUCUUUCUGGAGGUGGCGAGUCACACUCUGCUCUCAUCUGCCUCUACCGCGCAAUUGAUCUGCCUAAGUGCGAGUAA